AUGGAACAACUUCAACAACAAGCUGAACAAAUAGAGUUGGCUUGUGUUGGAUUACAAUCUCUCAAGGAACAAGAGAGAGCAACAUCAGAGAGAAUCAUUGCAUCAUUUAAUCAAAUGAGAAGCCCAUAUGUAUUGUGCUUUCACAUUUUAGAACGAUCAUCUGUUGUAUUGGCUCACUUUUACACUCUAUCUACGAUUCGUGAUGCCGCUGUGCGAGAAUGGAGCUCGAUUGCAUCGAAUGAUCGUUCGAGAAUCGUCGAGUACUUGCUUGGUUAUCUAGUGUCUGACAAGGCUGCUGCUGUAUCGACUACACGUCGUCAAGCAUGCAAUGCAUUGGCAGUGAUUAUUAAGCGUGCAUGGUUGGACCCAGAAAAGUUCACCGAGCAGAACCUGUCAUUGUCGCAAUUGGUCAUGACACGUAUCUACUCGAUGAUGUCGCAAUUGGACAAUGAGAAUGUGUUGAUGGCUGGUAUCGGACUUGCUGCAUCACUCGUCACCGAAAUGUCUGGUUCGUCCAAGUCAUCACCUAUCCACUUGACAUGGGACUAUCACCAACGCACACUAGUCAGCUUCCAAAACGAACAUCUUCAACCUAUUGUCCGUCACAUUCUUUCGUUGCUCACCAAAAUGUCGUUUGUCGUCAGUGCUCGCACCAUCCCUCUUCUUCACGUAUCGAUUCAGUUGUUGGUCGAGACACUCGAAUGGCAAUUCACAGAGGCCUCUGCCACACACAUGACCUAUCUCUCGGCUAUGCCCAAAAACAUACAAUCCAGUUUCUUUAGACCACUCGAAAGUUGGCGUCAACUCAUUCACUCGACCGAAAAGACAAAUGAAUCGGUCAACAUUGUCGACUUGGUAUUUGGCCUCUACUCGAGCCUCAGUGGACACAAAGAGAUUUCACAUCUUCUCAGAGUUGCCAUGACUCGUUUGGCAUGUCUCUCUGGUCCAACCAUCAACCAAGCAACCGUUCGUAACGAAUACCUCGUUCGUCUAUUGAACCAUAUUUCACCACUCUUGUCCAAUGCCAUUCAACAACAUUCAUCAUGGGUAGAAAUGGAAGAUCUCUCUAAUCUUUUACAUCGUAUUUGUAGUAAUUUCAAAUUCCAAGCUUUAGCCUCAAUCCCUUUAAAUUAUUCUUCAAUCUUUAUUGAAAAUAUUUCAAAAUUUAUUUUAUCAUCAUUAAAUAUAAUGAAAAUAGCAGUUGAAAAAGGAGAUGGAGAAAUGGAAAAUGAAUUUGAAAAUGAAUGUUUUCUUUUAUUACUUAAAGGUUGGGUUUCUUUAUUGACAGAUAUUGAAUCUUUAAUUGGACAGAAAAAAGCAAAUCUAUUGGAACAUUUUGAACCAUUAUAUCAUACAUUGAAGAGUUGUAAUGAUCAAAUUUAUAUAAAUUAUGUUAAAACUAGAAUUCAAUUAUCUCAUAUUGAUUUGGAAUCUUUUGAUGCUGAUGAUGAUUUAGAUCAAGAUAUUAAUAAAUAUAAUGAUCAAUUAAAAAUGGUAUCAUUUGUUGGUAGAAUGAGUGCAGCAAGUUCAUUGGAAAUAUUAAAGAAUGAAAUCAAUGGAUGUGUUGAUCGAUUAAUUCAACAAGGUGGAAAUAUUCAACCAAAGGAAUAUGCAUACGUAGCAGAAACGUUGCAUUGGUUGAUUUUAUUGGCAGGUCAUUUAUUGUUUGACUCUGAAAACACUUCAAUCACUGGUAUUCCAACACCCAUCGAACAAUAUUCCUAUCAAUUUUCAUUACAAAACAACAACAACAACAAUGUAAAUGAUCCAAUUGUAGAAUUAUGUAAUAGUAUUCUUCGUUAUGCAUUUGACUAUGAAUUAAAAUCGAUUGCUCAUUUUAAGAGUUGUGAGCGUCUCUCACCAUUGGUCACCGAGUCUAGCAUGUGGUUCCUUGCCGGUUGGUCACUUGUAUAUCUAUUGCCAUCAUCAUCGAUGAAUCCUCAUCUCAGCCCACGUCUUGAAGCUGCCUACAGCAAACCAGAGUCAGUCGCUGUCAUUGUCAAACAUCUUGUCGAAAAGAUUUCACUCAACCUUGAAUAUUGGUCAAGUGAGCCAGCCAUCCUCAGAGAAACCAGCUCACUUCUUGGCAACAUUUCCAUCAACACUGAAUUGGUGCCAUAUCUUUUCUCAUCGUGGAAUCUUUUAUUUCCAUUAAAGAAUGAUCUCUUGGUACCAACCAUCCAAUGCAAACUCUACCAAUCCUUUACCAACAUUGUCUAUUCCACAAAGACAACUGCUGAAUUGGGACAGUUCUUUAAUCAACUCGCCAUCCCCAUCAUGGAGCGACUCGAUGCCUUACUUUCAAGAGCCGAUCUAAAGAUGAUUAGCAACGAUGUUCAAAUCAAAGAAAGCUUUUAUAUUAUUCUCGAAAGAAUCAAGGGUAUCAUAUCAGUAUCUCCUCAACGCUUUAGUGUCGAUGGUAAUUUUUGUGUAAUCCAUCAAGGUUCUGAUCUCUUUUUGAAAUAUUCUGCAUCUUUGGUCAAUACCCUUAUCCCUCUCUACUCUCACAAUCAAGAUACAAUUGUUUUAAUUUUAUAUCUUUUUUCUCGUUUUACUAAAAAUCAAUUUGAAGAUUUAGAUGAUAAAAGAUCAGGAUUAAUUUAUCAAGUACUUGUACAAUUAUUUAAAUCUGAACAUUUAUUUAAUAAUGUUCAAGCCCAAAACAAAGAUUUCUACGAUAGAAUGAAAAUUGUUAUUAAAAUUCUUCACAACCUUGUAAACUCAGAUGUAGAAUCUGAAUUACUCAUUCAAACCAUUUAUACUGGUGUUUGUUCAGUUAUGCCAAGUAUUACUAAUCGUGGUUUAUUAGAUUAUCCAAAAUUAUCAAAUAGAUUCUUUGAUAUUAUCAAAUAUAUUUUUAGUUCUGAUGAUAUUGAUCUAACAAAGAUUCCAAGUGAAGUAGCUUUACCAUUAUUCUCACUUGUUGAAGUUGGAAUUUCACAUCAUGAUACUGAUAUUGCCAAGAUGUGUUUAGAAUCAAUUGCAUCGAUGACCAAAAAUCUAAACAGGGCAUCUUCUGCUGGACUUGAUUUAAAGACACCAUUCACCAAGCUAAUUGGAUCGAUUCUCAACUUUUUAUUGUUGCAAGAUUUCAACAUGGACGAUUUAUUGUAUUCGGCAUCGACAACACUCUCUGAGCUAGUUAUUAGUUGUCCAGAUGGAUACAAGGCCAAGGUGAUUGAAUUAAUUCAACAACAAGACCCAUCCAUCCAACCACUCAUCUUGGGUCACUAUGAACAAUACAUCUCCAAUCCGCCAGCCCAUACCAAAUUAAACUUUGCAGCAACUGAACAAUUUACCAAAAAUCUUAAAGAAUUUAUUACAAGAGUAAAACCUCUUUUACAAAAGAAAUAA